CGCGCGAUUUAAGGCAUAGGUGUCGCCGAGCCCGGAGGCUGCGAGUAGCCGGGAGUGAAGGGAGAGGACCAGGCAGCGCGGCGCGGGGUGCAGGAAGAAGGCAGGCGAGGCGGGAAGGUGGGCUCCGGACUCCAGGAGCGGGGGGACCCAGGCGCCACCGCCGCCACUAGCGGGGAGCAGCCGGGAGGAGGGGGCCGCAGUCGGGAGAGAAGAUCCCACCAUGCCCAAAGUCUUUCUGGUGAAGAGGAGGAGCCCGGGAGCCUCUGUCCGCAGCUGGGAUGAGCUCCCGGAUGACAAAAGGGCAGACACUUACAUCCCAGUGAGCCUGGGCUGUCUGCUCCGCGACCCCCCCGAAGACUGCCGCAGCGACGGUGGCAGUAGCAGCGGCUGCAGCUGCAGCGCCGGGGAGCCCGGAGGGGCCGAAAGCAGCUCGUCCCCGCGCGCGCCGGAGCCUGAAACUCCAGAGCUUCACGACGCCGAAGGCACGGAUGGACAUCUGGCAGCGAUGCAGCGCCCGGUUGCCAGGUCAAAAAUCAAGUUUACCACUGGCACGUGCAACGACUCCGUGAUUCACAACUGUGACCUGUGUGGCAAGAGUUUCCGUCUGCAGCGCAUGCUCAACCGUCACCUUAAGUGCCACAACCAGGUAAAGAGGCACCUGUGCACCUUCUGCGGCAAGGGCUUCAACGACACCUUCGACCUGAAGAGGCAUGUACGCACACACACAGGCAUUCGCCCCUACAAAUGCGAGGUGUGUUACAAAGCCUUCACCCAGCGAUGUUCCUUGGAGUCCCACCUGAAGAAGAUCCAUGGGGUACAGCAGCAGUAUGCCUACAAGCAACGUCGGGACAAACUCUAUGUGUGUGAGGAUUGCGGCUACACGGGCCCCACCCAGGAGGACCUGUACCUGCAUGUGAACAGUGCCCAUCCAGGUAGCACGUUUCUCAAAAAGACUUCCAAAAAGUUGGCGGCCCUUAUGCAGAACAAGCUGACAUCCCCACUGCAGGAGAAUUCCACCCUGAGCGAAGAGGAGGAAAAAAAGUGAAGCUCGAGGAAAGACAGAGGAGAGACGAGACGCCGGUGCCACAUUUACUUGGACUUUUGGUCUGAGGCGUGCCCCUCUGCUCCCCUGGAUCUUUUUAUAGUGACGAGUAUUCAGUCCACCUCUCUUUUCUUUUGCAACAGUAAGGAGCACCCCAAAGUUGUCAGUCAUUCUGCCAAACAGGCCCUGUACCCUGUGUUAUUGUUUUCUUGGUGGUUGAGGUCACAUACGGGUUCGUGAGUGUGAGUGUGUGUGUGUGUGUCUCUGUGUGUUAUGUGUGUUUUUUUUCCUAAUAGAAUUUUCACAUAUGAAUAGAGAGAGGGGUGUUCUUAAAGAGACAGUCAUCUUAUGGUGCCUUGAAACACUUCCCGAACAAGGAAAAUGUAUAUUCUUUCUGAAAGAGUUUACAGAAAUUAUUUUAAUAAAUGAAAUGUUCGUGUG